AUGUUUCUUUUUUCAAUCAUUACCGGGUAUUUCACUUUGUUUUGGUCAAAUGCACAUUCAGAUUUGACUUGUAAUGAAAACUGCGACGAUGAGCCAGUUCAGUUUCCUGUAGAAUACAGAGCGUGUGAAUGCCAAAGGAAGGUCUGUAGUUCGAUUGGUCAUGAGAACAACAACAGUGGUGUAACAUCGGCUUCCAAACGCAAAGCAGAAUUUCCAGUACAAACAGACAAAAAGAUCAAGGUCGUUCCUUGGACAGAGAAGCAGUUAGCGGCCAUGCGAAGGUCAUUCGCCAAAAAUACCCGCUGCUUAAGAGUUCCUAACAAGGAGGAAUGCGGACGAGCAAGAAAAAAUGAGAGCCUGUUGCUUUCUCGUGACUGGAAGAACAUCAAAUUCCGUGACCAUCAUGAAAUACAAAGAUUAAAGAAAAAAUGAAGUCAGUCUGAAAAAAAAGUUAACAGAAAAAGAAACAUCCGUUAAACUUGCAAUGAAAUCUAACAGACAUAUAUUUUCAAAAUGUAAAAAUGUUUAUGUGUGUGUGUGUGUUUUUUUUUUGACAUAAAGUCCCCAGACACUC